AUGGCGCGGAAAUGGUUCCAGCUCGUAGGCGAAGAUGGGAACGCGGUAACGUCGACUGAUGCUGUUGUCGUGGAUAUCGAAGAUGUGGAUAUGUUGCGGCAUGCGGUGAAGGAGCAGCUCAGAGACAGUCACCUCGCAAGGAUUGCUGCGUCCGAUCUCACAGUCUUUGCGAACCGGGCGGAGUACGAUGCGAAGCGAAGCGUGGUGCUGCCCCAUUCGUGGUCCCCAGUGACGGCGUAUGGGAAUAAUGGAGAGAAUGCGCUCAUUGUGCAAGUGCCGAAGCACGCAGAAAGCGAUUCACGUUAUUUUAUCCAGCCAAACGCUCAAGAACAAGUCGAAAAGGCAGUAUUUGUGAUCGUGGAAGAAGACGGAGAACGCAACGAUGUUGGAAUGGGUGUGUUUUUCAGCUCGACUCUAGCGGUCACAUGCGACCAUAACCUAACGGAGCAACACACUGUGGGAAGCAUGGUGUCUGUGGCGUUGAAGGAAGGUAUUGAAGUUGUUGAAGUUGGUGCUCGCAGUUCUCAGCUGGACUUUGCGAUUCUGCAGUCGUCCAAAACCAGGGGAUCAUUCUUCAUUCCUCCAUGGAAUGGAAGACCAGAUGAACUAAGAGGACGCUAUGAUCUUGUGUUGGCAUCGUAUCGAUUCGGUAUUGACGAAUACCAAGACGUGUUUAAGAAUCAACUGGGAUUUGCUCCGGUAGCCGGCAUCUCCAUCAGUGCUUACAGAAGACACAUCAUGUAUUCGUGCCCAACGUACGCUGGAGAUUCUGGUGCUGCACUUCUUCUCAAGGAUGGAUUUCUUGUCGGUAUCCAUCUGGAAACGAUCAAUGCACUCCGCGAAGAGAUGGACCGCAAGAAAACCAUCAAGGAUCGCUUGAAUGAUGUGGGGGAGUCUCUGGACAACAUUGCGAGAAGCGGACUAGCGCAAGGCUGCUCUUUUGGUCUUUUGGCUCAUGAGUUCAACGACGUAGUGAGCGAGUAG